ACGGGGACAAGUAUUCAUACGUAACCGUACGUAACCUUCGCAACGCUAAUAACAAACAGGAGGCGUAAACACUGGUUAUGAGAUGAAAUGUUUUGCCGGGUGUAGGCAGUCUUUUACGAACUGAUGUAUCGUGAGUGUCGGUUUAUAGAUGUGUCUCAGUUGAAGUCAAGGAAUUUAUAUUGAAAAUCAAGCACUAUUUUGGAAAGACAAUUAACUCUAUGCCACUAAACCACAAGCAAAACUCACAUUCUGCAAUGACUGUUGUAGCUAACCAACCGAUGAAAGAUAACAAGAAGAGGCUUCAAUCACUUGCCAAUCAAGCGAACACCCAAAAAACUGUUCAGAAGAAGAAAAAUCAUUCUCAGAAGAGUAGUAAUGGAAAUUUGAAAAGUGAACAUCCAUAUGCUGAAUCUAUUAUUGUGAGUCAGUCCCAGUUGAAAGAAAUAUUGAAAUCAGUAGGGAAAAUACCUUCUUCUACAGUUGUACCCAAAAAUAACCAGUCGCAAAAUUUACCCCGUAGUACGGAUGAAAUCUCCAAGAAGCCAAGCAAAACUGAUCAACAAAAGCAAAGCCCCAAUAAAGAAAUGUAUAUUCACCAUGAAGUGCAAGCGAAAUUCAGCCGACCAGACUAUAGUCCAAAGAACUUUGUUAAAAGUGAACCAGUUCUAGCAAAACCAAAUAAGGAUCAACAGUCUACACAAUGUGCAGAGAAACCUGUUCUGUUAACACUUGCAGAAAGAAAGAAGCAGCAAUGGUUAAAAGAGAAAGCUGAACAAAUAACUCCAUAUGACCCCUGGGGCAGACCUGGUGCUGGAGCUCCAAAAGUUAAUCCAAAAGGUCAAAUUAUAACAUCAUACAAAAAUACUACAGUCCAGAGUUAUGACCUUGAAGAUAACCUAAAUCGAAUAGAGAUGCCAUCUGAGAAAAGUGGUCAACAAGCAGGCUUUGAUGAGAAAAUAACUGGAGAAAGAAGUGAAGCUACUACUACUGCUACCACCACCACCACCACCACCACUACUACUAACAAUGAAGGGGUUGCAACUAAUCCUGGUGAUAACAGAAGGAAAAUGUCACAGCAGCCUUUACCUGCUGCCAUGAGAGAUAAUUUGUUUAUUGGCCAAAAAGAUGGUCAAAAUUAUGAAGAUAGCCAAAGAAGAGAGCAACUGAAUUCUCUGGAAGAAUUAGAUCAGAAAAAAGAAGAGAAAAGCCCCAGAAUACUCCAUGAAGCAGGAAAACACCAACAAGCAGAAUCCAGCAGGAUAGAAUCUCCACCUGAGAGCUCAAGAAUACAUAAGUCUCAUCUGCGAGGGGCCCUUACCAUUCACACGGAUCCAAUCACUCAGCAACAGCUUGAAGAGAAAAAACGCAAAAAUCAAGAGCUAAUGUUGGAACUGAAAGCCCAGAUUGAUGAACAGAAGAAAGCCAAAGAACUACAGUGGAAACAGAAGCAGCUGGAAGAUGCUGAGGCUGAACGAAAGAUGCUGGAAGAGCAGAAGAUAUUACAAAAGCUUCAUGAAACGGAGAUUCAGUUGGAGAAAAAGAAAAAGGAAGCCCAGGAAAUACAUUUCCAGCAAUUAGCAGCAAACAUUGAGCUAGCACGAGAGGCAGCUAUUAAAGAGAAAAAACUGAAGAGACUGCAACAUCUUGAGAAAAAUGGACAUGACACAAGGCAGCUGAAGAAGGAUUUUGAGAGAAACUUUAACACUUCAUCAUCCCACUCAAAUUAUGAGAUAGAUCAGUUCGCAUCAGGAACAUCAAUUUCGGAAGACAAGCACACACCUAAGAAAUUACCAAAGUCAACUGCUGAGCAGUUUCCAGAAUCACAAUUUCAAAAAGUUUCUCUCAACGGUGUUUCUCAAACUGGCAACUUCCCCAUUUCAUCACAAUCAAAUUAUGAUUCAAAUCAGUUGCUGUUAGGGACAACUAUUUCGGAACAUAAGCAGAGCCCCAAGAUAUUGAUGAAAACAGUUUCUGCGCAGCUUCCAGAAACACAAUCUCAAAAGGUUUAUCUGAACUGUGCUUCUCAAACAGAUGGCAUUUAUGGAGGAGACAAGAAGAGUUUGUACCACUUGAUUAAUGGAGAAAGUGGAUACCUGUAUGAUGAUGAUGAUGACGAUGAUGAGGUGUUUAUUGCUACUGCUGCUGCUGAUGUUGGUGAGACGAAGAAGAAGUUUCCCUCUGAGCUAAAGCUUGAUAAUCACAAUGAGAUGAUGAGAACAAUCAAACCUACAAAUAAAAGAAGGCAGGGACUCCAAAGUAUCACUGGCUCAAAACCAACUAAAUCUUCAAAUCAGCUACCCCUUCUUCAAAGAAAGUCAAAGAAAAAUAUCACAAGCAGAAAGCUUCAAACUCCAACUUGGGAAACAGAUGGUUCCAAUGAUCAGCUUGUAGAUUACAACACUUCAAACAUUCUUAGACAGUCUUGCAGCGAAUCACACGACCCAGUUACAAUUAAGGCUGGUGACGAAUUUAAUGGACCACCGUCUCCUCGUGUGUCAAGACUAAGAAACAAACGAACACAGCCACCACCAUCAAGAACAACCAAAACAGAAACAACAACAAAACCAACAGCAAGAACUAAAUCAACAACAUCACCGCUGAAAAGUGUUUUUCAGAAAAAGGCACCAGUAAGAUUUUCACGACACCAUAGUUCCCCUCCUAUGCCAACGUCUAACAGGAAAUUGCAAACUAACAAACAAAAUACCAAAACGAAUUCAAACGUUGAAGUCAAUAAAUACAAUUACGAUGAUUAUAAACGGGUACCACAACAGCCACAACCAUUACUUAAAGCAAAAAAAUAUUCAGAUAACUCCCCAUUGCAGGGUCCAGUGAAAGAAGGAGAUUUUAUACCUUUCACUCGUACAUCAGAAGUAUUGGACCCAGCCGGUGCUCUUAGUCCAUUGCCCAUAUCUCGUGAGCAAUCAGCUGUAUUGCGUGGUCGAGACAGGUACCGCAAAGGGAAUGAUCCAGCAAACUGCGGGAGCCCUGCUCCACAUUUCACUGAUAACUCCAGUGAUCUUCUUGAAAGAUCUUCAAACAUGCAGGAUUUACAAGACAGGAAGCCUGUUGACCAGCUCUCCUCAACGGCUGCUCAAGAAGCCUUUUUGAAAGAACUGUCUGCACUAAGAAAGAAACUGAAGCAAAUGGAGUUAGAAUCAAGUACAGUACUUUUGAAAACAACUUACCAAUCUAGUCUGAAUAAUCGCUAAAUAAUUACUUUGUUCUAGAAACAUGUUCCAAGCAUUAUCACUUAGUCUUGUACAUGUAAACACUACAGAUGUUGUCAUAGCUCUACAUUUGUCAUUGCAGUCUUACAUUUGUCAAUAUUAAUGAUGUCAUCAUUGCCUUACAUUUGCCAGCACUAUUGACAUUAAUUACGUUGACAGUAAGCGUUAACAGAUCUAAGGCUUUGAUGACAGUAUCGUCAAAGCCUUACAUAUGUCAAUACUAUUGACAUCAACAUAAACCUGACACCUGUCAACACUUGAUGUCAUCCUAGUCUUACACCUGUCAAUACACUCAUCCAGUGUCAACAAGGAGGCCUCUAUUUGGUCAUUUGACUUGCUGAAGAUGGCAGCCAAAUAUCCUUUAGAUCACAUCCCACUACCUUUAAAAAGUAGAUACACAUUGGAUAAUGUACUCCUAGGUAUAUUUCUGACAAAAAAAAGAUAGGAUAGUCUAGGUUGGAAGGUAAUCUGGAGUGACCUGGGGUUAAACAGUAACUAGUAUCAUUGCAGCUUUGCCUCAAUUAAACAGUAUAAAUGUUACCAUAACUUUACAUGUCAUCAAAGCCUUACACAUAUCUAACAGUUUUACAUCACCGAGAUUAUAAUAGCUUUACAUCUGUUAAUACUGUAGAUGUUAUAGUCUUCCAUUUGUCAAGGCUACAAAUAUCAUCAUUGCAUAGCAUCUGUUCAUAUUACAGAUGUCAUCAUAGACUCACAUUUGUCAAUACUACAAGAUGUCAUCAUAGCCUUGAAUCUGUCAACAUUACAGACGUUAUUGUAGUCUUAUCCUAGCUUACUUUAUCAUAGUCUUAUCCUAGCUUACAUAGAGGGGACAAACAAGGACAGACAAAGGGAUUAAGUUGAUUACAUUGACCCUAGUGCAUAACUGGUACUUAUUUAAUCGACCCCAAAAGGAUGAAAGGCAAAGUCAACCUUGGUGGAAUUUGAACUCAGAGCAUAACGGCACACAAAAUACGGCUAAGCAUUUCGUCUGGCAUGCUAACAAUUCAGCCAGCUCACUGCCUUUCAUAGCUUACUGUAUUAAGCUGCAGUAACGCUCACCCUUGAUAACUCUUCCUUUUCAUCUCUUGUGGGGAGUCAGUAAAAUGAACACCAUUGUCAAUUUAUUUGACCUUGCCUUAACCCCUCUGAAACUGACCUUUCGUCUAAGUAAGAAAAUUAAUAUUAUUACAACUGUUAAGGUGGCAAGCUGACAGAGUAGUUAGCACAUUGGACAGAAUGCUGUUAGGCAUUUUAUCUGCCUUCAUUUUCUGAGUCCAAAUUCCACCAAGGUCGACUUUGCCUUUCAUCUCUUUGGAGCCAAUAAAAUUAAUGACCACUGGGAUUGAUACAAUCACCUAACCCUCACUCCCCACUUCCCCAAAAUUUCAGGCCUUGUGCCUAUAGUAGAAGGAUUAUUAUUUACUUAUAUUAAUUGAGACCUUGUAUUAAUUAACAUUAUAAAACAUCAUUAGUAUUAUAAAUAGUCUAACUGCAGUGGAGAUGGGGGGGGGAAGAGUUUCGGGGGAGUUUCCACUUCUAUUUAUGGUAAGUACUAUAUCCCUACCCCAUCAUUACAUGUUGCGUUGGUCUAGUUUGCCACAUGUGCAUCACUUUCAGUCAUUAUGCACAGCAUAUUUGCACCUUCCCCUCGUAUCAUUAUACACUGUGUUGGUUUGAUUUAUCACACAUGUAUCACCCCCCACCCACCCUUCAUAAUAUGUAUGUACCCAUCAUCAUCAUCAUCAUCAUCAUCAUCAUCAUCAUCAUCAUUUAAUGUCUGCCUUCCAUGCUGGCAUGGGUUGGAUGGUUUGACAGGAGCCGACCAGGUAGAAGACUACACCUGGCUAAUGUGUCUGUUUUUGGCAUGGUUUUUUACAGCUGGAUGCCCUUCCUAACACCAAUGUGUAAUGAUGUGUAGAAAAGGUGCAAAUAUACUGUGCAUGAUGACUGGAAGUGAUGCACAUGUGGCAAACUAGACCAACGCAACAUGCAAUGAUGGGGUAGAGAUAUAGUACUUAGAAGUGAAAACUCACCCCAUCUCCAUAUGAUACAGCUAUGCAGUUUGAUCAUCAUGCAGUUUGAUCAUCAUGCAGUUUGAUCAUCAUGCAGUUUGAUCAUCAUGCAGUUUGAUCAUCAUGCAGUUUGAUCAUCAUGCAGUUUGAUCAUCAUGCAGUUUGAUCAUCAUGCAGUUUGAUCAUCAUGCAGUUAGAUCAUCAUGCAGUUAGAUCAUCAUGCAGUUAGAUCAUCAUGCAGUUAGAUCAUCAUGCAGUUAGAUCAUCAUGCAGUUUGAUCAUCAUGCAGUUUGAUCAUCAUGCAGUUUGAUCAUCAUGCAGUUAGAUCUAUUGCAGUUAGAUCAUCAUGUAUCCUUAAUUGCCACUUGUGCAUUAAUUUGUUCUAGCCAUCAUGUGUACUAUACUUAUAUUUUCCCCUUCUCAUUGUUACAUAUUACAUAUCCCCAGCAGCUUACAUGUGCACUAGUUACCGCCUGAUAACAUACGUACGUCAUUUACACUUGUGUUUCCCCAUCUAUUUUCCCCUGUACCCAACUAUCACAUCCCAUAAAAAUAUAUGCUCCAUCAGUGGUUUGUUAGCAAGCUGGGUAAAAUGUUUAGCGACAUUUUAUCUGUCUUUAUGUUCUGAGUUCAAAUUCCAACCGAAUUUGACUUCACCCUUCAUCCUUUUGGGGGUCAAUAAAAUAAGUACUGACUGAGCACUUGAUGGGGUUGAUUUAUAAUUGACUUACCCACCGUUCUGAACUUGCUGGCCCUGUGCCAAAAUUUGAAACCAAUAUUUUAACACAGUUAUGUAAAACAAAAGAAUCUCCCAGUAACUCUUUUAUUAGGUUACUGAGUACAGAAAAAAAAAAAAGGACAUUAUUGACUAAAAAAACAAAAAAAGUGACUCACUUUAACGAGAACCUUGUGUCUGGCAACUACGGCACUACACCCUACCACAAUUUUCCCAGACCCCAGCGGUGGGGCAUAUGCCCCACGUUAAGAAUCACUGAUUUACACCUUCCCCUUUCCAAUGUUACACAUGUAUGUAACCUCAAUAGCCACAUGUUUAUUCAUUAGAUUUGGUCAUUUGUACCAUACUUACAUUUCCCCCUUCCCAUCAUUACAUAUUAUGUAACCUCAGACAGCCACAUGUGUAUUAAUUACCUCUAGUCAUCACAUGUAGUAUAUACAUACACAUGUUCAAAAGACUGUCCAGAUAUUUAGGCUCACAACACACCAUCUUCAGCUCCGUGUGUCUUUUGAUGUUUCGGUAUCUGUUCCCAUGACAACACUUUGCCAAAUUAAGAUAAAUUGCAUCUGUCCUAAUUGUGGAUGACCUUCCUUUUUUUUUGGUUUUUUUUUUUUGUAUAUCUAGGACACAAUGUCCAAUGUGUUCUUCCCUUUUUUAAAAAAUGGUAGAGUAUGUUUAAGUGAGAUUUUUGCUUUGCUGCUAUUUCUAGCAGAUCAAGAGACUGCAUAGAGGCAAAUCAGCUGACUGUGGCCUUUCUUUGCCUUCAGCCUGAGUCCUUCAUAUACAUGUGCCAAACCUACAAUGAUGGGAUUACCUUACUGUUCUUUCUGGAGUUUGCUGAUCACAGCUCUGUUAUCCUUCUCCUUUGAGAUAUAGAAUAAACUGGAUUACUGUAAUCUAUGCACUACAAUAAUACUAGAAAGUUUGAUCAGUAAAACAAAGAAAUAAUCUUAUGAAAAUCUGUCAAACAUUAUUUAAAAUUUCACAUAAAAUUUUAUCAACGAAGAAUUGAACAUUUUUAUGUAUGUAAAUAUAUUUUUAAAAAAUUAAAUACUUUCAAUAUU